AGCAAGAUUCAUCAUGAUUAUUCUCUGAUCUAAAUUUUUUUUGCCAUUUGAUAGAAGCACAACACUCGACCAUCAACACCUACGGAAGCAGAGCACCAUAGCUUUUCUUUUCUUUUUGUGAAUAAAAAAAGUCCACGCUUUGCAAGGACAGAUUUCUUAAAUACAGAAGAACCCCGCGAUUCCUUGCUCUGGAAACAACAACCACUCCCUCACCCUCCUGCUGCCUUCCCUCAAAUUUUCCAUUACAGGCCGUUUUUCAUUUCCUCUCUCAUCUCUCUUUUUUCUCCCCUGCCUCUUGCAUGGACUAAUAAUAGAACUAGUAUUGUUACUAUAAUAUUUCUGCCUCUGAUUAGAAGAAGAAGUCAAACAUGAUGUCUCGCAGUUGCUCACAGUGCGGAAACAACGGCCACAACUCGCGUACAUGCGGGGAGAGUCCGUGUUGUGGAGAUCAGAACGUUACUCCUACUGGUAUCAUGCUGUUUGGUGUGAGAGUCGCUGAAGGAGCUGCUUCUUUUAGAAAGAGUGCCAGCAUGAUCAAUCUCUCCCAGUAUGAACAGCCUCAUGAGGAACCCAACGCCGAUGGCGCCGCCGGUUAUGAAUCCGACGACGUUGUUCACGCCUCUGGCAGAAGCCGCGAGCGCAAAAGAGGGGUUCCAUGGACUGAGGAAGAGCACAAGCUUUUCUUGUUGGGGUUGCAGAAAGUAGGGAAAGGGGAUUGGAGAGGAAUUUCAAGAAACUUUGUCAAGACUCGCACCCCUACGCAGGUGGCUAGUCAUGCUCAAAAGUACUUUCUCCGCAGAAAUAACCAGAAUCGCCGACGACGAAGAUCUAGUCUCUUUGAUAUAACCACUGAUACAUUCAUGAACAGUGGCGUUUCAUCUAUGGAAGAAGAUCAAGUCCAUCAAGAAACUCCAGCUCUAGCAUUGCCACAGCUACAGCCACAGCCACAGCCACGUUUGAACAAUAACAGGCCUCAAGGCCUUCCCAUGUCAACUUUUCCUGUGAUGAGUCCUGUAACAUCACCUCUCAGUGGUGACAACCCAAUGGAGAAGCUGACAUUAGGACUGACAAACGUGGAUAAAAUGUCAUCCAAGCUCAUUCGUCCAACACCAAUUAUUCCAAUCCCUCCAUCUUCAAAAUUGGCUGAUAUUAACUUGAACCAGAAAGGCCCUAAAGAUCAAUUAACAGCUCUAUCACUCAAGCUAUCUACUCCAUCGUCCGAGGAGCAGUCAACUCCUGCAUCGACACAUUCGUCAGUAUUUCAGGCCAUUUCGAGUAGUGAUAGCAUCAUCAGUGUUGCUUGAAGAAUAUGUAUAUACAUUUGCCUAAUCUAUAUGAUAUUAUAUUAAUGGGGGUACCUGUAAAGGUUGGAAAAUAUUGGAUUGAUUAGAAGAGAGAAGUUAAUUAGGGUUAUAUUGGACUGCUACUACUAGGUGAUUCUUGUUUGUACAUGUUAGAGAGAGAUUUGAAGAAAAAAGAUGGGUUGUCAUUUUCAAGUUGUGGGGAGAUUUGUGGACUCUUGUUUAUUUUGUAUGCUUCCUUUUGUGGUGAAAUGAUAGGGCACCCAGUACUCUAUGCCAGCUCUUGAGUUGUCUGUCUUGGAAAAAAUAUAUGUGAAGAUGAAUAUUCCAUGGCCA